GAUCAUGUCGCCUAACAAGUCAAGGAGAUUUGUUGACUGCGAGGGAUGCUACUUUAAAUCUCCUGAGGCAUCCAGCCAGCAUGCUUCACUACCCCACUACUGCUUGUCGACAUGUUGCGACGACUGAGCAGGCAACUGAACGAUGAAAGAUAUGGUAUCAAACUGGAGCAGAAGAGGAGCAAAAGAGAACGGAUCUCGCAGUUCUUUCGUACGAAAUCAAUAAGGAAACAGAAGCCACAGCAGUACGAUGAAGCACCUACAAAGACAAGUGCAGACGAGACACUGUCCCUGCAACAGUCUCGAGGUCCUGAGGAAACCAAGACAACAAAUCCUGAGCCGUUAGGGAGCUCUUUCGACUCGAUUAGGGCGGCCCCGCUCGACAAGGCCAAAGAAACGUCCAAUGAUUUGAUGCUACCGAAAGAACAUCAACAGAAGGACAUCGACAACAUUGAAUUGGAUCGAACGGAGAGUCGCGUCGACGCUCCACAGCUCGCUGCAUCCACAGAUCAAGCUGAGGGCACACCGUCGCACUCUAAGUUAACAAUGGAGAAGGAUGAAGAGUCCGAUCUCCUGACUAGAGAGGCCAUACAUGCGCUCUUCUCAGGUGCUCCAAGAUUCAGUGUCAAGAUCGUGAACGGGCAACCGUCGCCGAGCGUUUCGUAUCCAUGGGACAACGAUGUAAAGCAUGACGACGUCACCGACUCGAUCCACCCAGCACAGCCAUCGUAUAUGGCUGCGACAACGCAUACGUACACUACGACAGGCCAGACAAUACAUGGUGGGGAGGAACAACACCAUGUGUACCACGUGAACGCUGUCGAAAUGCCAAGCUGGCUCAGUGCACAGGGCGUUGAACCGGGCAGCGUCGGCUUCGCCCACUUUGUCGAAUUGCCUCGAGCGGACAAUCUUGUCACGGAUCCUCAAUACGACGAGGAUAGCGAGGAGUUUGUUGAGAUUGCCAGGAACAAAGAGCUCAUGCAGACCAACCCUGAGCGCAUUGGCAUACGCGCUGUGGAUAUGAACUCUGUGUACGACCGUCUUAUCGAGUUUCAGGACUUGUACGAAGCGUUCCAAGGAAGUCCAGAACGCAUCACGAUUCUCAAUAACCAGAGUCUCGGAGACUUGUAUGCACACCUCUUUAGUACAUUCUUGACACCGCCUGGCUAUACUGGAGCGAAUCUUGACCCCACAGGUCUGCAAGUUCAAAUCCUUGCUAUUCUCAGGGUCUUGCAUCUGAAAGGCAUCUGGCACGACUUUAGCCUGGUGGAGUGGAGGAUCAGGCUUGGUCAAAUCCUUUUUAGCGAUCCUGAGCCUGUGCCUGAAGGCGAAUCCAGACCUCUGUGGACGGAACGCGAUAUCUUGUUGCUUCAAAUUAGCCUGUCCUGCGAACUGUUGCUUAGAUUGGAUGCGAUCUCAGCGACGAGCGCUGGCGAAGUAGAAGACCAGACGCAUGUCAGCGCUCAAGAAAUAGAAACUUUCGCCAGCCUCACCACAAGGAAGACAGACUGGGACAUGGUCCUGGCACGCAGGUUCCUGGAGAAUAUUUUGGUCAUCAAGGGCAACGACAAUGGUGCUUUAACACCAGUGCCAGAACGACGUGGACUAUUUUCGAUCCUUGGCGGGAGCACACCAAAGGAACUUCCCAGAUCUGACAUCAUUCUUCUGCCGCAACAUCAGUCGCGUCAACUGGCAGGGCUCCUUCACUUCGCCGAGUCGAUCAAAUGGCCAACCAUGGACUCAAUCGUCAAGUCUUUGGCAGAGAAAAUUGGAGUGGCCGAUCAGAACACUGAGCGUACAACACAACCGUCUUCCCCAAGUGCGUGGUCUUUCAAUCCCACAACGCCUUCCGUCGUUAGUGUAUAUGGAACUCCCCUACAGACCCCACGUUCGGCAAGCCAUCAACUAGAUGACUAUUUCGGGCGGAUCCAAAAACCAGCAGUGAGGCGCAACAACUCACGAUCACUGCGCGUUCCCUUAUCCACGACGCUCCUCUCGCUAGAAGAUGGUCCAAGACCGGCAAUAAUUAACAUCGGUGGGUGGCUCAGCCGCUCAUUCCUCACAGGAAUGAUUAUGCCCGGAGAGGUUAUUUCUCAUUUCUUGAUAUCUACGCUUCUAGAGAACGAUCAGCUUGCUAUCUCUACGCUUGGCGACUCGGCAGAUCUAUACGGUGGUUUCAUCUAUCAAGGCAAGACCUGGUGGAGUAAAGCGUCCAUCGUUGGCCGAGUUUUUGCAUGCACCGAGAAAGCACAAGAGUGCAUGGGCUGGAUCCAUGUGGACAAGCUGCCGGAGGGCGCAUACGAGGGUUGGCAUUCUAUACGCAGCGAGCAAUCACCAAUCAGGUCACGCAUAGAACCUGAACAGGACUUGGUAGCAGCAGACUCAUCUGCCCUGCCAGCCGAUACAAACAUCUCGGUCAAGUCUACAGACCUAGUUAUGCCCAAAGACCUUGAUGCUAUUUCCAAGGCGCCAGUCCGCUUUGUACAAUGGGAUCUGACGCCACUCAACACUGAUCUGAUCGACGACGACACGGGAUUGGGACCCCCAACCGAAAGCGAUAUAUAUACGCCAUCGCUUACCUUCCGAAACGGUGAUGGCACUGAGGACCAUGUUCUGACUCUCACACACGAAGUGCAGUUUGUAACAUCUUGGCCUUGCUUUGCGCCAGCUUCCACGUCGACCGCAAGCCCGCGACAUGUUGCCAAACGCUCAGUGACAGGCACCUUAUCACACACGUCUUCAAAGCGAAGCGUCAGCACCAAGUUAUCCCGUCGCAACAGUCAUGGCUUCGAACCUCUUCUAUCACACCCUCCAGAGGCGGCAGAUAUCGGGCCGCAGCGUACCUAUGCCACUGAGUGGGACAGUGAGCAGGCGAUUUCGACAACGAUGACAGGACCAGUAGUUGCGCAUCCUCUUCAUAUGUCUUACCAUCACAAAAUUGUGCCUGUCACGAGUGUCCUGGAUUCAAACUUCAUGACACCCUUCACAGUGUCUGCAAACAAGCUGCCGACCUGUUCAUCUUCAACUCUUUUGAGAGAUGGGCACGAAGAAGGUACAGGCCACAACUACCAUAAAACCGUGCUUGUUCUUGAUGCUCGGAGUACACCAGACUCCCAGUUACUUGCAAGAGCUUGGUGCGCCGAGAAGGGACUCCAUGCCCUGAUUGGGCGCGUGGAAAGAUCAUGCCUUGCUUGCUGCAUUCGCGAAGCGCGGGGUUUAGGUAUCAACAUCGUGAUCAGGGUAUAGACGGCCACUAAACCAGGUGAAGUUUGCGGUGAACCCACUCCGCAUAUUUGGGACGAAAGAUUGAGUGACUGGUUUCUUUAAAGCUGCAGGCACACAUGUAC